GGUGCACUUGCUCUCCUUAUCCCCUGCACCGGGAUGAACUGUUUGGGGCUCCAGGCAGGUUCAGUGGCUAAAUCCCUCUUCCUAAUUCUUGGCGUUUGUUUUUCUUUCCACCUCAGAUACAGAAACUGGAAGCCUUUUGUGGUCUUUGCAAGGAAAAAUUUUCCUUGGGGGAGAAAAAAAGAGCUGAAUCGCUUGCAGGGAUCAGUCCUGCAGCCCUAGAAAUGGUCCCGUGAAGGAAAAGGCAUCUGGAGACCCACCAGAGUCCUUGGAGCCAUUUGGAGUUGCUCUGCAGGAGAGAGAAAGGAUGGAGACAAAACCUUUUGGAAAGGAAGGAACCGGAAAAGACCCUUCAGCUGCUCAGUCUGGGAAAGGGGGGAAGCUCUGGAUAAGAACCGGGCAGAAGAUCCUGGAGGAGGAAACCAUCCUCCCUUCAGAAGUUCAGCCCUGGAACCUCAUCCAAUACCGGGAGGUGGAGGGUCCCCGAGGACUUUGCAGCCGACUCCAUGACUUUUGCAGGCGAUGGCUGAGACCAGAAAAGCACACCAAAGCCCAGAUGCUGGACCUGGUGGUUCUGGAGCAUCUCCUGUUCCUUCUGCCCCCAGAGAUGGAGGGCUGGGUGCGGGAGUGUGGAGCAGAGACCAGCUCCCAGGCAGUGGCCCUGGCGGAAGGCUUCCUCCUGAGCCAAGCAAAGGAGCAGAAGGAGCAGGUCCAGUUGCAGUACUUCACUGCGGAGAUCAGAGAUUCUGAGGAAAGGAAGAUCCCAUCAAAUCCCCCUCAGGAGCUAUUUUUCAGGAAGAUCCCUUGGGAUCAUCCAAGUCAGGACACCUCAGGAGAGAAACAAAGAAUGAAGCUUUCUGGUUUUUAUGAUGGAAAUCAAACAGCAGUCAUCCCUCCAAAUCAAGAGCGUCUGGUGUCCUUCGAGGAGGUGGCUGUGUCUUUCUCCGAGGAGGAAUGGUCUCAGCUGGAUCCGGACCAGAAAGUGCUGCAUUCGGAAGUCAUGCUUGAAAACCAUAGGAACGUGGUCUCUCUGGGUAAUAAUGGGCAGGAGAAUCAAGAUUCCUGUGAACUGUUCCAAGUGAUCAAUGCUAAAGAUGGAAGGGAGAAGUUUGGAAUUCAAAUGGAAUUCAGAAGCCAUGAGAGAAACCACUCGAAGAAUUGGAAUCAGGAAAGUUCAUCUUCCACUGAUGCUCCGAUGCAAGACUUUCUUGCCCAACAAGAGAAACUAAGGGAAAAAUAUAGUGGGAAAAGUGUGAAUCUAAUCAAAGCUAAAGUACAAGUAAAUGAACACUAUUUAACCCAGAACAAAGGAGAAGAUGCUAUAAGAAGACACAACGGACAAAAUUACAAUGGGACAUUAAUUCUUUCUCUUGGAAAUAACUUCCUUACAUCUCAAAAAGUGAUUGACACAAAAGAGAAGCCUUAUAAAUGUUUGGAAUGUGGAAAAUGUUUUAGAACAAGGUGGCAUCUUACUUCCCAUGAAAGGAUUCACACAGGGGAAAAGCUCUACAAAUGCAUGGAGUGUGGAAAGACCUUUGCUCAUAACAAUACACUUACUAUCCAUAAAAGGAUCCACACAGGGGAGAAGCCGUAUAAAUGCAUGGAGUGUGGAAAGACCUUUGCUCAAAGAAAUCAUAUUAUUUCCCAUAAGAUGAUCCACACAGGGGAGAAGCCGUAUAAAUGCAUGGAGUGUGGAAAGACGUUUACUCAGAGCAGUGGACUUAGAAGCCACAAAAAGCUCCACUCAGGAGAGAAACCAUUUAAAUGCAUUGAGUGUGGAAAGACCUUUGCUGUGAGCAGUACAUUUACUAUGCACAAAAAGAUCCACAUGGUGUUGGAGAAUUCAUGACUGGCAGAGACAUGGUAACAAGGAUGGAUCCAGCUGCUGAAGAUGCAGUAGCCUUGGCAAAUGGCCAGAAGGCUAAAGUCAUUGGAAGAGGCAGUGUGCAAAUUCCAUAUCUGGAAAAGAGGUUUAAUGAUAUAUUAUGUGUGCCUGAAAUGGAGCAUAAUUUGCUGAGUGUCUCUAGUUUAGACAAGCAAAGUUUUGAAAUCACAUUUGUAAAUGGGAGCUGUCUCGUAAAGAGAAAUGGGAAUGUAUCUGCACAGAGCAUAAAACAGGAUAAUCUUUAUUGAAAAGUGUUGCAGGAACAAAAGGUUCAAUGUGCCCAAGCAUUCGGAAAUGUGGCACAACACGAUUCAUGCGUUCAUCUCUUGCACAGAAAGCUUGGCCAUGCUAGCUUCAGAGAUUUGCAAAAGAUGGAACAGUUUGGAGAAGGAUUAAAUUUAAAGGGAUGUAAGGCAUAUUUGGAUUGUGCAGAAUGCAAAUCAUCAAAGUCCAAGCUAAUUCCCAGUGAGCAAAAGUAGCACAAGGCAGACAACAAGAACUCUAGAGCUGGUACGUGCAGAUUUGGUUGGGCCAAUGCAAGCCAGUUUGGGAGGAGCAAAGUAUGUGCUGGUCAUUGUAGAUGACUACAGCAGGUUUGGGUUCUGCUAUUUACUACAGAGUAAAACAGGUGCUACAGAAUUUUAAACAAUGAGUAAGCUUCGUCAAAAGAAGAUAUAAGCAACAGGUAUGCUAGAUACAAACUGAAAGAGGUUCAGAAUUUAUGUCAACAAGUUUUCAACUGGUUGAGACAAUUAUCAACAAAACACACACUAAUCCAUACAUAGCAGCUGAGAAUGGUGUAGUUGAGAGACAGAAUGGAGUCUUACAAACAAGGACUCACUGCUGGAGGACUCUAGCCUGAGCAGGUCAGUUUGGGGUGAAGCCAUGUUGACUGCUAACUAUUUAAUGAAUAGGCUGUGGAGUUAAUCCAUUAAUGAUACUCCAUAUGCAGUGCUUGUUAUAUGGAAGAAAGCCAUCUCUUGCACAUUUAAAGGUUUUUGGAAGCAAUGUGUGGAUGCAUAUUCCAAAAGCAAUUAGAAGAAAAGAACAACCAAAGGCUAGAAAGCUCAAGUUUACAGACUAUGAGCCAGGCUCAAAGAGCUAUCGCUUUAGCGAUGGGAGCAAAAGAAGAGUCAUUUCCAGGUCUGCUAGCUUUGCAGAACAAAACUGAAAUAGAAUUGAUGCCAAUUUAUGGAAUGAUUCACUUAGUGACAAUAACUCCCUUAGUGAUGGUAACUCACUUAGUGACAGUAUCAGCAUUCAGUGAGGAGAAGCUGAACAAGAUAUGGAGCAAGAGAGGGUUGAAACACAGAAGCAGUCAUUGCCACGCAGGUCAGAACGAUAGAACAAGGGGAUUCCACCUGACAAAUAUUCUGCUAGUAAAGUUAAAGUGUGUAAUGUAUGGUAUGAGCCAAGAAACUAUAAGGAAGUAUUGGCAUUAACUAAGCUUGAACAAGUAAAGUGGAAAGAAGCCAUGGAUAAGGAAAUAAAAUCCAUGGGUGAAUAUGACUUUGCCACAGGGUAGUAAAGCCGUAGGAUGUACCAUAUUUUUCGGAGUAUAAGACACACUUCCCACCCCCAAAAAAAGAGGGUGAAAAUUUGGGUGCAUCUUAUACACCGAAUGUAGCCCCGCCCACCUGCUGGCCCCCACCCUUUGGCCUCUGCCUCUCAGCAGUUUACCUCCAUGCAGCAAACAGCAAGCAGCCCAUUUCAGCUUCAGCACAGCCUGAUUAGCACAAGCAGUUGAUUGUCGAUUGGAUCAGCCUCCUGACCCUCAGCUGUUUCAGGCUGCAGGGAUUGCCAUUGUGUAUUGCCGUGUGGGCCUUUGCUGUUUGCUGUAAGGCAGAUUCCUGGGAGGCAGAUUUUUUUUUUCUUGUGCUAAUCUGGCUGUGAUGAAAAUGAAAAUGAAACCAAAGCAGGCUGUUUGCUGCAACGAGGCAAAGGCAGAUUUUUUUUUCUUGUUUUCCUCCCAAAAAAAGGUAGGUGCGUCUUAUAGUCUGGAGCAUCUUAUACUCCAAAAAAUACAGUAAAUGGGUAUACAAAAAGAAAGUACUGCCCGAUAAUAAGGUACAACAUAAAGCAAGGUUAGUGGCACAAGGUUUUUCACAGAUAAAAAACGUGCACUGUGAUGAGGUAUUCGUGUCUACAGUAAAGAGUGAAAGCAUAAGGCUGGCACUAGUGUUGGCAGCAGCACAUGGCCAUAAAAUUUGGCUUUUUGACAUAAUCACUGCAUUCCUCAGUGCAGAAUUAGAGGAAGAAAUUUACAUGGUUCAAGCACCAGGGUGUGAAAGUAAAAAGCCUAACAUGGUGUAUAAAUUGAACAAGACCAUUUAUGGGCUGAAGCAGUCAGCCAGGAAUUGGAAUAUAUGUUUAGAUACUACAUUGGGUUCAAGAGUUGCAAGACUGAUGGUUGCAUAUACAGUACACUGGAAAGUUACAAGGUGGGGAUUGUCGAUUAUUAGCAUUUGUGGAUGAUCUUUGUUUCAUUGCAAAGGAUGUAUCGCAGUAAAAGGGUUCUCAGGUAUUUGAAGGGAAGUGUGAAUAUGGGUCUUCAAAUAUAGGUAUCUGAAGAAUAUUAAGAUAUUUAGAUUUAUAUCUAUUCCAGUUAUGAAGGGAGGAGUGUCAGAAUAUUCAUGAACUGGGAUAGACAUGGCAACAGGUCAGUCCAUUGGAGACUGGCUGGAAUAGGGCAUGGUAACAAAGCCAAUGUAUAGGCAUAGCAACUAAGUCAGCCAAUGAGGUCUGUUUGGGAUCUGAAACAGCUUGGAACCUGGGCGUGGCUUAGGUUAACUGAGAUGUAUACAUAUAAGUUGUGUGUUCCUGUUAUUGUCCUUCUGUGAAUACUCCUUCUGUUAACUGCUUCUGUGAUUAUGCUUUUGAUUCUGAGAAUUGCAUGGGUAGUGUAUAUAUUCUUGUAUAUAAAGAAGUUUCUUAUUUAAAUUAAUCAUAUUUGCGCAUGCGUCAAGAUGGCGCGGUGAUGAUCUUCGCGGUGCGGUCCGCGGCUUUUCCAGGGGGUCUGGGACCGAGAGGGGGGUCUUUUUUAGCCCUCCGGUCCCAGACCCUCCCGGCGGAACAUCAGAGGAGGCGUUUGGGCUGAGGCCCGCCGAGCCGCGAGCCUCGGAACAGCUGAUAGGCUCGGCGGCAGGCUCGGCGGUUUUCCUCAGCGUCUCCCCGGGGCGGUGGUUGUUUGGCGGUAGGCCCGGCGGCUUGGCGGCUCCCCUGGUGGCUCUUCUGACGUUUCUCGGUGGCGGCUCUGCCCUGACUCGGCGGCUCUGCCCCGGCGACUCUGCCCUUGGCGUCUUUUAUGGCGGUUCAGCCCCGGCGUUUUUUGGCUACGGUCUGCCUGGGCCUGCAGGAAGAUCGGCGGCCCAGUGACGGCCCAAUGGCGGCUCGGCGGUCCUGCGGCGGCCCUGCGGUGGCUCAGUGGCCCCCUCGGCGGCCCGGCAGCUCCCUCGGCGUCUCCCCACCUUCCUUGGGGCGGUGGCCGUGGCGGGCGGGCCUUUGGGUCUGGCGGCGGUGGCGGCGGCAGCGGCCCCCCCCAGGGGCUAGGGGCCUUUUUUCCAACAGUGCUGGAUGGGACUUGGCCGGACUUCUCUCCCUUGGAGCCUGGCGUUUUCCUCGGCUUAUCCUUCGGACUUCUGUCGGGGCCUUGCUGGGCCUCUGGCUGGGGUGAUGGCCACGGCGACCGCGCUUGGCUUCCGGGUAUCGGCGGCGAUGGCAGCGGCGGCGGGCGGCCCCCCCACUCCCAGGGACUGAGGGUUUUUGAUCAAUGCCUGAGAACGGUCUUUCCAUCAAUGCCAGGGAGGAGGAGAGACGAGAAGAUCGAUCGCUGAGUGGU